GCAUUUCCAACAAUUUUGGUGCAUGAGCCAGUGUUUAUGCGUCUACAGAACGGUGCUGAUCUGAUGUUACCAGGUGUUGUCUACAAGCGAGGAGAAUUUCCGGAAUUCAAUAGGAAUUUCCCAGUGGCCAUUUCGGUGAUUACUGCGGAUGGUAGCUCUGUGAAAGAUGCGCAUAAUUCGAAUUCAGGUCCUGUCGGAGUGGGAGUAUCGUUGAUGUCUUCGAUGGAGAUGCUGGCGAGUGGUAUGCAAGGACGAGGCGUUCAGAUUUUACAUUUGUAUAGGGAUUUGAUGUGGUUCGUUUCAGAUUUAUUUCGGAUGUGA